UCCCUGGACGUGUGUAACCAUUGCAGUGAUUUGGAACAAUUGCUGUUGAACAGACUCAAUGCUUCAAGGGAAAUCGCUCCAGUAACCCUCCCGAACUGCCGGCUCAUUAAAGGGAUCGAAAGUGGUUCAGAAGACAUUGACAUACUUCCUAAUGGACUGGCUUUCAUCAGCUCUGGCUUGAAAUAUCCAGGGUUGAAGACCCUUGCACCAGACAAGCCAGGUGAAAUAUUUUUGAUGGAUUUGAAUGAAGACAAUCCCAGAGCAGUGGAACUGAGAAUCAGCCGAGGGUUUGAUCUGGCGUCAUUUAACCCUCAUGGAAUCAGCACCUACUUAGACAAAGAUGACACCGUAUACCUCUUUGUUGUGAAUCAUCCCCAUCAGAAGAGUACAGUAGAAUUGUUUAAAUUUGUAGAAGAUGACAGUUCUCUUGUACACCUGAAAACCAUUCGACAUCAGCUUCUGAACAGUGUGAAUGAUAUAGUAGCUAUGGGACCAGACAGCUUCUAUGCUACCAAUGACCAUUACUUCUCUGACUUCCCCUUGUUGUUCUUGGAGAUGUUCUUGGGUUUAACUUGGACAAAUGUUGUUUACUACAGUCCAAAAGAAGUUAAAGAAGUAGCAGCUGGGUUUUAUUCAGCCAAUGGAAUUAACAUUUCACCUGACAGAAAGUACAUCUAUGUUGCAGAUAUAUUUGAUCAUAAGGUCCAUGUUCUGGAAAAACAUGCUAACUGGAAUUUAACCCACGUGAAGAUGUUGCAGCUGGACACUCUGGUUGACAACUUGUCUAUUGACACCCACACUGGAGACGUCUGGAUGGGAUGUCAUCCCAACGGGAUGAAGCUGCUCUACAACGAUCCUGAAAAUCCACCUGCCUCUGAGGUCCUGCGUGUCCAGAACAUCCUCUUGGAGGAGCCUGUGGUGACACGUGUCUAUGCUGACAACGGCUCUGUGCUGCAGGGAACCUCGGUCGCAUCCAUCUACGAGAGAAAACUUCUCAUUGGCACGGUCUUCCACAGAGCUCUCUACUGUGAGCUAUAGCUCGUUGUGGGUAAGAUCUCCAGCAGAAAGGAUUUAAUUCCGUGGGAACUCAGUUUCUGCUAGAUUUGCUAACUCGAAGACUGUUCCAAUAAAGGUUAACUAGAAUAAUG